AUCUUUUUUAUUAUUAUUUCUAAGUCAAGGUUAUGUACAAGGGAUAUAAAACAACCUAGUUUUAAGCUUAAAACAUUUUUACGGCCGUUCCCUGGGGUUAAUUCUGCGCGUUGAUGGAUGGGCAAAACUCUUACCCCCAGUCCAUUGAUUACCCUGAUGGACUACCCAAAUGUACUACUCUAAAAUGGACCAACUCUUUUAGUCUUUUGUAUUUCGCUAGCCACAACUGACAAAUACGCGAUUACUUUAAAGUCCAUCCUACGAAAAUUAGCUCGCAGUCGUGUUACUUCAGUAUUGGUCAUGAAGUAAGGUUAGAAAUCGAUGGUAUUCAUUGUUUCGUUCUUCAGCAUAUAGAUUGACACAGAUAUUUGCCAUGUACAUCAAAGACUCUUCACAAUCAGCCAUCUCUAGAUUCAGUGAUACAUGCAGUUUACAGCAGCAAGGUGAUCGAAAGCGAAACACGACAACACGGCAUGUUGUUAUCACUCGACACGUUUCUAUCGAUCUAAAGAAGAGUCAUGCAAAAUCAGAAAAGAUGACAAAAAGACGCAUUGUACAAUUUAACACUUCUGGUACUGACUCUGUUGUAGCUUCACGGCAAGAUAUCUCGUCAUGACUUUCGUGAAGUGAUGGAGGAUGACCACAAACUGUAUGAGUGGCUUUAUACACUUCAUAGCUUAGGAGUUGCACUUGUAACAAACACUCCUCUGCAGACUGGCGAAUGCUUUAAAUUAUGCAGUUGGGUUGGAUUUUCGAAAACCACCCAUUACGGUCAUAGCACCGACGUACGGGCCAAGUUUGACGCAAACAACGUGGCUUAUACCACAGACGACAUUCCUCUUCACGGUGACUUGCCUUAUUUGGAUUAUCAACCCGGGGUACAACUUCUUCACUGUAUCGAGCAAGUAUCGAGCCAAGGUGGCGCCAAUCAGUUUGCCGACGGAUUUUACGCCGCAAAGCAGUUGAAAGAAAGUGACCCAGAGUCUUUCAAGCUGUUGUCUACCACUCCAAUUCAAUUCAGUGACCGCGGCAAGGACGUGUUUGGUGAAUUUCACAUGAAAUCCUCUCAUGCCACAAUAGAGUUGGAUGAUAAUGGUAAAUUGAGCCGACUGGCCUUAAACGAUCCUGCACGCGACCCCUUCACGUAUCUCUCCCCGGAGAAAGCUGUGGAACUGUACGAGGCUUACCUCAAGUAUGGAAGAAUUCUUAGAGGUCCUGCUAAUCAAAUAGAAUAUAAAAUGGUGCCUGGUGAUGUGAUAUCGUUCAAUAACAACCGCGUGUUUCAUGGUAGAUCCGCCUUCCAACUUACUGAGACAUCAAGCCGCUUCCUCGAGUUAGUUUACAUGGACUGGGAUACUAUUAAUUCAAAGCUGAGAGUUCUUACUAAACACUUUAGUAUACCAUUAAGAUUGUAAAAAAACCACAAUGUAUGUUUAACAAGACGUAGUUGAAAAAUCGUCGAAUUGGAGAGGACUUCUUUUCCUUCCUUUGAUGAGAGAUAUUUCGUGCAAGGCUUGUAAAGCCACUGUAAAAGCUAUGGUACCUUAUGUCCAAUCUCCAACGUUACUCGGUAUCUCAUUUGAUGCUAAAACUAGAAACUUGUUGAGCAUCUUUCUCUUCACGCACGAUACUCUUGACAUUUCUUUCUAUUGUAGUUUCUAAGACACUUGUCACAUUUCUAGUCCAUAAGUUGGCUGGUAAAAUCCCCCUUUUUCGUGAAAAAGGUGCCUCGAAAUAUGUCUGUUUGUUUGCAGUAUCACUUUGUAAGUGGUGUAAGUAGAAAAAUGUAAGUAGCAUGAAUAUUAAUUACAUCGUAAGAGUACUGCAAGUACCAUAAUGUAAGUAUUGUAACGCAGUGUACGUAGAGAACUCCGUGUCGGUAUCCUUAAUGUAGUUGAUGUAAGUAGUGUUGUUUGUGUGGUCAUAAUUGAUAAAAAAACAACAACUGAUUGUAACCUAGAAUUUGGUACAACGUAAGUGCUCGUUGUUCAUGGAGUAAAAUGUCGGUAAGAACGCCAAUUCUUAAAAUUUACUAAAGCAUCUUUUGUAUACAUUGAGCUUUGAAAAUCAAAGAACGUACUCAAGGAAAUUUAGAAAUACGUCUAAAUACGAUUGGUGAAAACUUGGAAAGCGUUUAUUAAAUGGUGAAGAUUUGCA